GUUAUUUACACAGUUAUUGCAAAAUGACGUUUAAAAUGAUUGUGUUGGUGUGUUUUAUUUUCAUUUGUAUAUCAUCUCAGCUAAGUUCAGCGUAUGUGGUAAGCAGUCAAUAUGAUUGGGGAGAACCUGAUACUCCGAUAUUCCCGAUUGAGUCUAGAAGUAGGAUGAGUAGAGAGACAGCUGAACAGCGGCUGAUGGCUGUCAAACAAGUACUGCAAGAGUACGGCGUUGAUGCGUACAUCGUACCCACCGCUGAUGCACACAAUUCGCAGUAUAUAGCAGCGUCUGACGCUCGCCGGGAAUGGCUCUCCGGUCUCUCUGGGUCUUCAGGGACAGCUGUGGUGACGUCAUCACAUGCCCUGGUCUGGACCGAUGGAAGAUACUUCACACAAUUCUAUUUACAAGUCGAUACAAAUGUAUGGAGUUUGAUGAGACAAGGUACGGAUUUGGCAAUACCUGCGUGGUUAGUAGCAAAUAUGAGACCAGGACAAGUGGUGGGUAUUGACCCUACAACAUACACAAGGACUUCGUGGAGAACUUUAGAGACAGCUCUCAGCCAAGUGAACGUAAUUUUGAGACCAAUCUCACAGAACUUGGUGGAUAUAGCGCGAGCUAAUAUUGGUGACCCCGCGCCUCCUAGACCAAAUAACGCGUUGUUACCUCUACCUAUAAACUUUACUGGCAAGCGAUCAUCAGAGAAAAUCUCGGAACUAAUGACACAGAUCAGGUCACGAGGAGCUGCAGCGUUAGUACUUACUGCGUUAGAUGAUAUUGCUUACACCCUUAAUAUCCGUGGCUCAGAUAUACCUUAUAACCCUGUAUUCUUCUCCUAUUUGGUGCUAAGACCUGAUCAAAGUCCACCAAAUAAUGUGGUAUUGUCUUGGGGAGAUGGAACUCUGGCUGCUAACAUAACACAACAUUUAGCUUCUGAAGGAACCCAAAUAGCGACAAUUCCUUAUCAAAAUAUAUUUGAUUUUUUGAAAAAUAUGACGAGUGAACUUCCUAGAGGUAGCACCAUUUGGUUAUCACAAGAUGGAAGCCAUGCGAUACAUUUAGCUGCAGAAGCGGAUGGCGCUAUGAAUACAUUAUCAACCGUAUCUCCUGUUGCUCUUAUGAAAUGUAUCAAAAAUGAAGUCGAAUUAAAGGGAUUCCGUUCAGCUCAUAUCAAGGAUGGCAUAGCUGUAGUUAGAUUUCUCCGCUGGGUGCAUGAGAGUGUGUCAUCGGGUGUCAAUGUCACCGAAAUAGAUGUCUCUGAUAAACUGGAAGAGUUAAGACACGAAGAACAAUAUUUCAUGGGCCCAUCUUUCGCGACGAUAGCGGGCGCGGGAGAAAAUGGCGCCAUUAUUCAUUACAAGCCGUCACGAGAGGGCGAGCAGAGAGUUGUCAAACGUGAUGACAUGCUACUCGUUGAUUCCGGAGCACAGUAUAUGGACGGUACUACGGAUAUCACACGGACAAGACACAUGAGUUCAUCUCCCACACCUGAACAGAGGUUGACAUUCACACGAGUACUCAAAGGUCAAAUACUUUUAGGUACUGCUGUGUUCCCGAAAGGAUCUACGGGUAAUUUACUAGAGACGUUAGCUCGCAAGGCCUUAUGGGACGUAGGAUUGAACUACGCACAUGGAACUGGUCACGGUGUGGGUCACUUCCUCAACGUACAUGAGGGUCCUUCAGGAAUAGGAGCUGCCCUCAUGGCUUCAGACCCUGGGAUUGUACCAGGGAUGAUAUUCAGUGAUGAACCUGGGUAUUACGAAGUAGGAGAAUAUGGUAUCAGACAUGAGGAUCUGGUGGAAGUUAUAGAAAUAAAUAAAGACGCUGAUCAUAUAUUUGCAAAGGGUAUGGUGGGUAACUUCAGUGGUGCAGGCGCUGUUGGUUUUUACACUAUAUCUCUUGCUCCACAUCAAACAGCAUGUUUGGACGUUAGCAUACUGGAUGACAAUGAGAUCAAAUACAUAAAUGAUUACCACGCUAGAGUUCUCAGGACUUUAGGACCGAUUCUAUUAGAUCGUGGGCUGACAGAGGAUUACGAAUUCCUUGAAAAGGAAUGCGCGCCAAUCCAACGAAGCGCCGCCAUCUUAAUUUCUGCUACACCUUUGGCAGUAAUCGGAGUAUUAAGUCUAUGGUUAAAUAUGUAAAAAGUAAAAAAAAUAAUUUAUUAUA